GAAAAAUACCUGAAAGCUCAAGAGGAUGGCGUACAUUUUUUUGUUUGCAAUUUCCAAGAAACAAAAACUGGUACACAAUCAGAGAAAGCACAAAGGACCAACAGGAACACUUCUACUUUGUUAUAUUUCUACCUACGUUUUUCAAAAUAUCUGAUCAUAUCAUAGCCAUGCCAGCUGUGUGCCACUCAGUCGGUGUAUUAACAUGUAUUUGUAUAUGACUGCCUGUGUGUUUUGUACCCUUAUUCUCAUCAGAGAGAUUAAUAAUUCUGAGUGUUAAGUCUGGACUUUCUUAACAGAAUUAAUGAUACAUCCGCAUUAAGUCACGCACUAAAUCAUUGCUCAUUGUCAUCACUGGCAACAAUAGUUAUUUAUAUUAAGCACAUUCCAGGUCCUUUCACAGCAGACCUUUUGGCACCAUUUACCCUGUAAUGACAGUCCACAAGACUGCUGGAAAAUGGCCUCAUGUAACUUCAUUGUGAUUGCUUGCUUCGACUAUUCAUUAAGAAAGAAGUCAUAAAUGAUAUCCAACAAUAUGUCAGCUGACUGGCAGUGACUGUGUUCCAUGUGAUCAGUGUGUACAUGUGGCUGGUUAAGUGGUGCUUUUAGAAAAACGCAGGUUUUCGCAUGCAGCAUGCAGCAUCCCAGCCAUCGCUUGCUUGACGAGAUCCUGCCUGACAAUAUUCAGAUCAAAUCAGAUCAUAUAUGUAAUAAGCUGCAUGCCUGUGUAGUUUAAGUGCAGCCCCUCCACGAUCCCCCACUCCAGAAAUCGCACACGGAUGCUGCUGAUGCAAACAUGGUCUGAAGGCGUAAGGGAAGAGGAAGUUAAGAGCUGAGCGCAGGUAGCUGGGGAUUAUUCCCGCCACACACCUCCUGCAGGUCUCAGCUAUAAAAAGCCAGGCAACCCUUGCAGGAUUAAGUGUUCUGCUUGCCAGAGGAGCUGCGUGUCGCAGCAUAAACCGGGACAUUGAGCCUCUCUGUCGCAUGAGGAAUCAAACACUCCAGCUUUGGGCCCUGACUCAGCUCCCUGGUUGGUUAGCUCCCUCUUUUGUUCGCCUGAAGUGGAAGAUGACGGAUGACUGGAAACACGCAGAAAAAUGAAACCGAGAGGGGGAAAGCUGGUCGGCGACCAUUUAGUAAUGAACAGGGGCGGUCCAGUAACUCUCUGGAAAGCCUCUUCAGCCUCAACAGUGGGCAAAGCUCCUCAAGUGGAGUCACCAGUGGGUCAGGCUGCUCCAGUAAAGACAGUCUGAGGCUGGAGGACGAGCUCCUGUGCACAAGACGGCUUGGUGGCAGAGCAAAGGUCCAUACCGAUUUCAUGCCAAGUCCAUAUGACAACGAAUCCCUCAAACUCCAGGUGGGAGAUGUGAUCGACAUAAUUGCCAAGCCCUCCAUGGGAAUAUGGACCGGCACGCUGAAUGGCAGAAUGGGAAAUUUCAAGUUCAUUUAUGUAGAUGUGCUAACAGAGGCGAGUCCUCAUACGCACAUGGAGACACAAAGCCACAUGAGAAAGAAAUCAACUGUCCACGAAGUGUUGAAGCACCUCAGUAUGGAGGAGCAUUUCCUGUCUCUACAGCUGAACGGUUACCAAACAGUGGCCGACUUGAAGAGGCUGAGGGAGCAUCACCUGACAGAGCUGAAUGUGACUGAUCCAGAGCAGAGGCUCCACCUGCUCUCCGCUGUCCUCUCCCUGCAGCAACUGCACUCUGACAGUCAGUUGGAGAACAAGGCCAAUCAGGGGGCCGAGACCCCUGGCGAGAACAUGAAGGCGGAUAAGAACAACUGCCCAAGAGACUCCGGCUGCCACAUGCCAUCUGUCAGCCCCGACAACAGCCCAGACCUGCACUUUAUCUCUCAGUACCCGCAGCCAGCUGAGACGGCAGCUUCGUGAGAAUUAUCUGCUUUCUGUAUCGUCAUUAUGCUUUAUUAUGUUUGAAGACAACUUGUGAAUAAAAAACUUUUUCAAAAACAUUGAACAGCGGAAUUUCUCAUCACAUACAAUAAAACAGCCAUGCUGAGCCUUAAAGACGGCUAAUUCUCAACUCCACUACUGUAUGCCUGUGUACAAAUGUAAAGAUAUAUAUUUUUUAAAUAAACAAGUUAUUAAUCAGUGUUCUUUUGAGUGUAAUUAUAAUUUACUGUGGUUGAAAACACUCUGAAUCGCCAAUACAGUGGAUUCUGAUGAAAUGUAUGAAUGCUGAAGUUAAGGUGACAUCAACAGUUCAUCCAGUAAAAAGUAGAUUAUUCAGUUUUCAGUAGUACAUAUGUCUAGGGCUGCAACGGCUAUUUUCUUUAUACAUUUUAUUAGUCUUUUCUUGAUUAGUCGUUUGGUUUGUAGCACGUGAGGAAAUAAUUAGCAUUUUUAGUGAUAUUCAUGCGAUGCAGAAAGAGUUGAAUGAGACACCAUAUUGAGCUAACAUAACGAAUCAUAGAAACAAAUGCUAUCUAACUGCUUUACUGUUUGUCAUUGAUAAAUAUGAGAAUGUCCCCACUUUACAGGAAGUUACACUACAUGAUAAACAUUAACUACAACUGAAGCAAACUACUUGCAACAGUCUCUGUUCCUUAGACUCGUCUUAAGACCAAGCGAGUCGACAGCCAGCAGCAGUGCUCUGAGCUAAAUGCUAACGUCACCAUGCU